UGCCGCUUCGCGUUCCGGGCCCGCGGCCCUAGCAACUCCAUGUCGAGUCCGCCUGACUUGGCGGCGGCGUCGCCGUCGCCGCCGGUGGUGCGCCGCACGCCGCCCGCCGAUCGCGCCCCGCGGCCCGUGUCGUACCCCCAGAGCCGCCCCCAGCCCGCCGCGCUCGCCAAGCGCAACUCGGACCCCGCGCCCGCCGCCGCCAGGGCGCCCCGCACCCAGGUCAAGCCCUUCACCAAGGAGUCGCUCGAGCGGCUCGAGCGGAAGACGGUGCAGCUGGUGCGCGAGUACGGCUUCCAGCCGAGGAGGAAGCUGAGCGUGGAGGACGGCUCCAGGCUGCCGGCCAAGUUCGAGCCCUUCCCGCAGAAGCUGUACGGGAGGCCGCUGGAGGAGAUUGACAACUUCAUUUAUGACGAGACCUUCUGCGUGGUCUCCAAGAGGUUUCGCAAGAACUACAUCCACCGUUUCACAGCCACCAGUUCGUUCUUCUUCUUCAGUCCGUUUAGUUCGAUUAGGAAAGCGUGUAUAUACCUGUGCACCAACCAGUUUUUCGACUAUUUAGUUAUGGCUACUAUUUUGCUCAACUGCGUCUUCCUUGCCAUGGCGGAAACUAUCGAAGAAGCCGAGUAUAUUUUUUUAGCCAUAUACACGGCUGAAAUGAUAAUAAAGAGCAUCGCUAAGGGUUUUAUACUAAACAAGUACACAUAUCUAAGGAAUCCGUGGAAUUGGCUGGACUUCGUCGUCAUCACCAGCGGGUACGCCACCAUCGGCAUGGAAGUGGGGAACCUCGCAGGGCUGCGGACGUUUCGCGUCCUGCGCGCCCUCAAGACCAUCUCGAUCCUCCCAGGUCUCAAAACCAUCAUCAACGCUUUGCUCCAUUCCUUCAAACAGCUCGCUGAAGUCAUGACGUUAACCAUUUUCUGUUUGAUGGUGUUCGCAUUAUUCGCCCUGCAGGUCUACAAGGGGGAACUCCGCAACAAGUGCGUCCUCAAAAUGGAGGACCACAACGCCAGCUACGAAACUUGGUUCAACUGGACAAGCGACCCCAACAACUGGAUCGUCCGCAACGAAACCGGCGAGCCGCUGCUCUGCGGCAACGUGACGGGCUCGAGACACUGCCCCUCGACGCACACGUGCAUCUGCGUUGGCGAGAACCCCAACCACGGAUACACGAGCUUCGAUAACUUCCUAUGGUCGAUGCUCACCACCUUUCAGCUCAUCACGCUCGACUAUUGGGAGAACGUUUACAAUAUGGUGCUGUCAUCGUGUGGUCCAAUAAGUGUAUCGUUUUUUACAGUGGUAGUUUUUUUCGGUUCGUUUUACCUUAUUAACCUAAUGUUGGCUGUGGUAGCGCUAAGUUACGAAGAGGAAGCGGAAAUUACGCAAGAGGAACGCAAAAAAGAGCUCGUGGAUCACCGCGAAGACUCCACGUUCAGCUUCGACCCCUCAGUCUUAAACGUGAAGAAACUGUCGAAGCACAAAAUCAAAAAAAUCGACGCCCGCAAGGGCGUCCUCCUGUCGUCGUACACCCGCAAGAAAACGCGCCGGAGAAAGCGGAACCGGAGCACCAACAACCCGAACAAGUCACCCAGCUCGGCCGCCGUGGACGCCGCCAACGCCAAGGAGGAGGCCAAGGACUCGGCGAAGACGUCGCCGAAGACGGGCAGCCGGUCGGUGACGCCGAGCCCCAGCCCCAGUCCGCGGCACAGCCGGAGUUCGCCGCGGCCGCAGAUGCUGCCGCUGCCGCUGCCGCCGCCGAAGCACGUGCAGCUGGCGGGCGCCACGCUGCACCCCUCCAACAUGCUAGGUGAGUGGCGGGUUCGCUCAGGCGGCACUUGUGACGCGAAGUUCGCAGCUCCCGCGAGGCCGGGGCUGAGCAGCCGGCAGGCCAGCAGCAACAGCGGGGAAGGCAACAACCGGGAGUCGUCCCUGGACGACUCGGGGGUGGUGGACGACCACGAGACGGAGGGGGACGCGACGUCGGAGGACGUGGCGUCGCACGUACCGCAGCCGCCGCCUCGGCAAAGGAUAGAGGUGACACCUGUUACGGUAGCGCUGAGCCCGAAGGAGAUCAAAGUAAUCAAGUGCAAUGGCGUCGGUAGCUGUAAGAAGAAGAAGCACAUGUACACGCUGCCGCCGGACUACCUAUCACACAUCGUGGUCAUCGACGACCAGAUUCCGGACCGGAAUUGUAACGGCUGCGAGCAGUGCUGUGUGGACUACGAUGGAUGGCUGCAGUUCCAGCAGGCCUUGUACCGGAUAGUCCGCGAUCCCCUCUUCGAGCUCGCUAUAACGGUGUGCAUCGUGCUCAACACCAUGUUCCUAGCCAUGGAGCACCACGGCAUGAGCGAGGAAAUGCUCAAGGCCCUAGAUAUAGGCAAUAAAGUUUUUACUUCCAUUUUUACGUUCGAGUGUUGCCUGAAGCUGAUGGCGCUCAGCAAGGAGUUUUUUUACUGCGGCUGGAACAUCUUCGACUUGAUCAUCGUCUCGGCCAGCGUGCUGGACCUCAUUUUCGAGCUGGUGGACGGGCUGUCGGUGCUGCGGGGGCUGCGCCUGUUGAGGGUCCUGAAACUGGCGCAGUCAUGGAUCACGAUGAAAGUUUUGCUCAGCAUUAUAAUUAGCACGAUAGGGGCUUUGGGGAAUCUUACUUUCGUUCUCGUUAUCGUCAUUUAUAUUUUCGCCGUGAUAGGGAUGCAACUGUUCUCGAAAGACUACACCCAGGAUAAGUUCUACCCCGAUCCCGUUCCUAGAUGGAAUUUCACCGACUUUUUUCACUCGUUUAUGAUGAUCUUUCGCAUUCUGUGCGGUGAAUGGAUCGAGCCUUUGUGGGACUGCAUGCGAGCCGAGAGUACUGAGGGUCCCGGGACGUGUCUAGCCAUCUUCCUUCCGACCCUCGUAAUGGGCAACUUUAUGGUCCUCAACUUGUUCUUGGCGUUGUUACUCAACAGCUUCAAUUCCGAAGAGCUCAAGACGAGAAAAGAGGAAGUCGGCGAUGCGUCGAAACUAGCUCAGAGUUUUGAAAGGAUCCGCGACCUGGUGCGAAAAAGGCGCCAGCAGCGCAUCCAGGAACAAAAACAAAACGAGAACAACUCCCGACUGGAGCAGAUAGUCAGAGAGGUGAUGCAGAGGCGAGCCGAAGAAGAAGCUUUCAAAACAGGCGUGACGACGAAAGCUGUACAACAGACAGUGGUCGGGUUUCCGCGCGACAAGCGCAGCUACCAGGAAGCCAUGAAUCGACCCAUCUCCAUCAUAAGUUACGACCACCCACCGGACUAUCAGACAAUACAAGAAGGGGAAAACGAGGGCAAAUACUCUAAGAGGUAUUCGACGUUGAUUAACGGCAACUCGGAGGAGAGCGACAGCGCUGAGAGAGCGCAACUACUCGAGAACAAAAAGACUGACGUUAGGUUGCUGCAGAACAUGUCGUCGGGCCGGGGGACGACGACUGACAGCAAAGACGACAACACCGAAAGCGUGGAGAUGAAGAACAUCGACAGGGGGACUUCAGCAGACACGGAGCACGACGAAGAGUCCGCCUUGUGUCCUGAUUCCAGCAAGAACUGCAACACCAAGAGCGACCACAACGACGAGGACAGCCAGCAACCGUGGCAGACUCUGGUCUCGUACGUGGACGAGCUGACGGUCGGCGGUCGCCGGAACUCCAAGGGACAGUACAUCGACGGCAUGGGCAGCUUCCCGAUGUUCGGUCACAAGAAGCCGCCGAGGACGCCGCCAAACUGUUUUCCCCAGCAUUGUUACCAGCAGUGUGCUUGUUUCAACGCUUGCAUUAACACCAGAGUGGGCAAGAAAUGGACCAUGGUGCGAACUAUGGUGUUACGCGUGGUGGAUACGCCGAGUUUCGAGUGGUUUAUUCUAGUGCUAAUUUUCGCGUCUAGUGUGACUCUGUGCUUCGAAGACAUUCAUUUGGACGAAAAUCCCGACUUGAAGUCGGUGCUGUACUGGACGAAUCUUGCGUUUUCGGUUAUUUUUAUCAUCGAAAUGUUUUUGAAGUGGAUCGCGUUGGGGUUUCACAAGUAUUUUACCAGCUUCUGGACGCUGCUGGAUUUUUUAAUCGUUUUUGUCUCCCUCUUCAGUCUAUUAAUCGAAGAAAACGAAAAUUUGCGCGUUUUGCGUUCGCUGCGAACCCUUCGUGCCCUUCGACCUUUACGCGCCAUUAGUCGAUGGCAAGGCAUGAGGAUCGUAGUGAAUGCCUUGAUGUACGCAAUACCCAGCAUCUUCAACGUAUUACUAGUGUGUCUAGUCUUUUGGCUGAUUUUCUCCAUCAUGGGUGUACAGUUUUUCCGGGGGAAAUUCUACAAAUGCCUGGACGAAAACGAUGAGCUCGUAACCGUAGAUAUUGUAAAUACACGCCAAGACUGUUUAGAUCGCAACUAUACUUGGAUCAACUCGAAAAUAUCCUUCGAUCACGUAGGGAUAGCGUACCUCGCUUUGUUCCAAGUGGCCACGUUCGAGGGGUGGAUGGAAGUGAUGGCGGACGCCGUCGACGCUCGAGGGGUGGAUCUCCAGCCACAGCGUGAAGCUAACCUCUACGCCUACAUCUACUUCGUUAUUUUCAUAGUGUGCGGUUCUUUUUUUACGUUGAAUCUGUUCAUUGGAGUCAUCAUCGACAACUUCAACAUGUUGAAGAAGAAGUACGAAGGUGGCGUGCUGGAGAUGUUCCUCACCGAGAGCCAGAAGCACUAUUACACGGCCAUGAAGAAACUCGGUCGGAAAAAACCCCAGAAGGUCAUCAAGCGACCCAUGAACCAGUUUCUGGCCAUGUUCUACGACCUGUCGAACUCGCGUAGGUUCGAAAUUGCAAUAUUCGUGUUGAUUUUCCUCAACAUGUUGUCGAUGGGGAUCGAGCAUUACAAUCAGCCCCACGCUGUGUUCUUUAUUUUAGAAGUUAGUAACGCGUUCUUCACUACAGUAUUCGGUUUAGAGGCCAUCGUCAAGAUUAUAGGUCUAAGGUAUCACUACUUCACGGUUCCGUGGAAUGUGUUCGAUUUUUUACUAGUGCUGGCUUCCAUUCUCGGCAUCCUGAUGGAAGACAUCAUGAUUGACUUCCCCGUGUCGCCGACCCUGCUCCGAGUGGUCAGGGUGUUCAGGAUAGGGCGCAUCCUGCGCUUGAUCAAGGCCGCCAAGGGCAUCCGGAAGCUCCUCUUCGCUCUCGUCGUGUCCCUGCCGGCCCUCUUCAACAUCGGCGCCCUCUUGGCCCUCAUCACCUUCAUCUACGCCAUCAUCGGAAUGUUCCUCUUCGGCCACGUCAAGCAGCAGGGCGCCCUCGACGACAUGGUCAACUUCCAAACGUUCGGAAGGUCGAUGCAUCUGCUCUUCAGACUGAUCACCUCGGCGGGAUGGAACGACGUGCUGGAAUCCCUGAUGAUCGAGCCCCCGGACUGCAACCCCACGUUCAGGAACCAGUCGAACGGCGACUGCGGCUACCCCCUCCUGUCCAUCAUCUACUUCACCAGCUUCAUCAUCAUCAACUACAUGAUCGUCAUCAACAUGUACAUAGCUAUUAUCCUCGAGAACUUCAACCAGGCCCACCAGGAGGAAGAGAUCGGGAUCGUCGAGGACGACCUCGAGAUGUUCUACAUACGGUGGAGCAAAUACGAUCCUCACGCUACUCAGUUUAUCCGGUUUUCGCAACUCUCCGACUUCAUCGCUUCUUUAGAUCCUCCCUUAGGCAUUUCGAAACCCAACACGGUAGCGCUAGUGAGCUUCAAUUUGCCCAUCGCCAAGGGCAAUAAGAUACAUUGUUUAGAUAUUCUACACGCGUUAGUUAAGCACGUGCUUGGGCACGUGGAAGAGACUGAUAACUUUAGACAGUUGCAAGAGCAAAUGGAUAUCAAAUUCAAGAAGCAGUUCCCGACUAGGAAGGAACUGGAGAUUGUUUCCUCCACGAGGAUAUGGAAGCGCCAGGAUAAGGCCGCAAGGCUGAUUCAGAAGUCGUUCCGGGAUUACAUCAAGCGCAAGCGCGAGCGCGAGCGCGUCCAGGAGGAGGUGGACGAGAUGACGCAGACGUCGUCGCCGGGCGGUGGCUGGCAGGGCCGCCUGUCCGCUUUCCUUCAUGUCCAUCGAGGGAGUCGCGCCUCUUCUCGCAAGUCCUCUAGGGCCUCUGACGCGAGCGACCUCAGCGAGCUGGGCGGUCCGUGGUUGAACUUGCCGCUGUUGUUGCUCUCGAGCGCCACCAACAUGGACCCAGAGGAGCUGGAUUUGAGCCGCGACGCCGCCGAUGUCCACAUCAAGGUGAGCGAGGCCACGCCGGAGGCGACGACGCCCGCCUCCGACAAGCCGGCGCCGCGCCGCCGCAGCAUCUACAACUUCCCGUUCUUCCUCCGGCACCAGGACGCCGUCGAGACGCCGGACGAGACGGCGUCGCCGCCGCCGGCCAAGCGGUCGUCGGCGCAGUCGCUGCACCCGGCCAUGGCCGAGGAGGCGAAGCCGAAGCGGGGCAGCAUCAUCCGGAGGAAGCGGGUAGGUUCGGUCAAGGCGAGGACGACGGGGGGCGGCGGGGCCGCGGCCGCCCACCGCCCCGACUCGGAGCCGUUAAACAGUGCGGACGUUAGUAUUUUAGUGACGGAGGCCUCGCCAGAAGCACCCAUCCUUAAGCCGCCUCUGCAAAGACAACAGAGCGAGGCGACGGUGGUUCAAGUGUUAGUUCAUAGGGAGAGUGAGGAGUACAAUCAGGACGAUGACGCGGAGGCGGCGCCUAAGAUUGAGGUGACGCCCGGCGACUCGGGGACGGCCGAGGCGGCGGCGGCUGCAGGGCCGGACUGUACGAUUAACGUUAACACCACAGAUAGCUGAUCUGAACUCGCACACACCGAACUAUUGCAAUAAUUUUUAACGUAGGGUUAGGGCGGGGGCGGGACGGACGCCAGCGGGGGCGGGGAUCCUGAAACCGGAAAACAACAAUCUCCACGCGAGUUUUUUUCUUAAUGCAGAGGGUGUUUACUUCGAGCUUGUUUUUUAUUUAUGAAGAUAAAUUGCUGUAAUCUUCUGAUACACUUACGGCGCACAUUCCGGAACAAAUUACAGAAAAUCAAGGAAAAUCGAAAGUCGUUUUAUAUCGGAGAAGAUAAAUUAAGUUAAUGCACUAAAUUUUCAGAAUUUAGCUAAAUUCUCUCUAUGCACAAGAUAAUAAUGAGUUUCAAAUCAAAAAAUAAAAAAUUUUCGUCAUCACAAAUUUCGAAAAUUUCUUAUGCGGACAAUCAAUUUGAGGUUCCAUCGUGGUCUUCCCUAGGUAUGUUUGAGUAUGAUGAGGGAUUCUUUAUGACAUUAAUUGACAAAUGAAUUUAAUUUUAAUUAUGACCAGGAUUAAGAUGAUGAAUUUCCAAUUAAAAAAUCUAGAUUUAUUUUCUAGGGAACUGCAUACAGGAAAUAUGGUAAGCUACACAGCGCGAUGCAAAAAAAGUCGUCUAGAAACCGUUGAAAUUUAAUGUUAAAAAAUUAUGUUGGCAACACUACCGCGUUCCUUGCGGUGCCAACAUUAUCAUUUUAAAAAUAAAUUUCACGGUCUACUAGACGACUUUUUCGAUCAUCUAGGUUUUUUUUUUGUCAGAUUGGAAUCUAGGGUAACGAUUUGUUGAUGUAUAGGAAGGCCAGAUUCAGGCAUGUGUGGGUGAAUGGUGAGUAACGAGGGGUGGGUUUAAUUUGUGGUGGUUUGUUUAAUGGUGAAUUAUCCGAGCUCCACGCGACGUCCGCCUAGCCCCCGCAACUUUUUUAUUUGAAACAAUUAGAAGUUAAUUUUUUAAGGUUAUUGUAAAAAGAAAAUGAUAAAGCGAAUUAAUUCUAAUUCAGAUGCUUUGGGCAUAUUGUACAUAAAAAGAAAAACCAACAAAAAUGCAUUUUUGUAGAUAGCGCAUAAAUCGAGUGAUUUUGAAUUUUUUUGAUCAAACAGUUUGUAUAGCUAAGAAACUUAAUCAAUAACUUAACGUACAGGUUAUUCUUAAGUCAAUUACUUAAACUAUGACUAUAUCUCAACAAGAGACAUCGUACAAUCAGUAGGAAGAAUAGCAUCUAGAUUAAGGGAUAAAUAAAAAAAUAAUUAGCAUGAUAUUUUCGUUGGCGUUAUUUUAUUAAAACUAGACGAGAGUUGAUGUAAAUAUAUGUUGACAAUAUGAUUGUACAUUACUCAAAGGCCUACACAAAAAGACUACAGUUUUGUACGCCUUCGCGGCCCCCAUCGAACCCCUUUUCUUCUCUCAUCACAUAUCAGCCUGUAGAAACAUUCCUUCUGUACAUAGCCGUUGGAUGGGGGCCGAGAACGCACCAACACAUUGUUACGAGAUUUAAAUAGGGUUAACUGCUACUCUCAGUUGUUUAGUGCACCCAGACCCACCGAUUUCAACUCCUCGCACUUUUAGUUGAGACGAAACUUGUUCUUCCUAAAAUUCUUCUUUGACGAAUUCCAAAUUCCGCUUUUGUUCGCUUGACUUGACAAAAUUGAGCUAAUCAGGGGGCCAGACGUGUGCAUUGAAACAGUAGUGUACAUACUGACGUAGAGAAUAACUAGUCUGUCUUUGCUUGGAAAUAAAUUAUAAAUUGUUUACAUGAAUUCUUCUUCCUUAUUACGCAAAGAGGUUUUAUUCAUUGUGAUAUUGUGCAUCUAGAGGGGUCCCCACGGGAGGACAACUCCUCCCGUUGCGACUUUCAUAAAUUGUUACAAAUUGUAUUGUUGCAUUUUAUGAGGCAGAUUUAAAUAAAGUUUAUUGCCAAAAUAUUUAAUAAAUGUAUAUAAUCGCCAAAGUUAUGGGGCUGCGUGCUCGGAAUUGCGUCCCGGCACGCAGCUUUUGCUGUUUUGUUAGCUAUUUAUAUUGCUAGUGAUAACGUUUACCUAGAUUGCCUUCAUCAGAUAUUUUAAA